UUCACUCGGCCGUCCACCGUUCCGACGCGUCGGGAUCAGAGAGGACGCAAAUCAAGUGAAACAAAUCUUGUGACAGGAGAAAAAGUUCAUGCUGGAGUUUUCAAAGCGCUCCGACGGCCUCAUGAAGUCCAAACUGAACAUGGACAGUUUGACCAAGACAGAUUUGCUGAUGCUUUUCAGCAUCCUGGAAGGAGAGCUGGAGGCCCGGGACCUCAUCAUUGAAGCCCUGAAGGCGCAGCGCAAAGAGCUUUUUAUCCAGGAGCGCUAUGGAAAGUACAACCUCAGCGACCCCUUCCAGGCCUUGCAGAGAGACAGCGAGACUGUGGGCGGCCAGAACAAGGAGCCCAGCUGCUCCUCUUCCACCUCCAACCCUCUGGUGGUUCUCAAACUGGUGGUGAGCCACUGCAGGAGGAUGCAGGAGAAGAUGCUGGCCCAGCUGGCUGCAGCUGAGAGCAGACACAGAAGGGUCAUUGCAGACCUGGAGGAGGAGAAGAGACGGCAUGCAGAGGACACAGCCGAGGGAGACGACGUCACCUACAUCCUGGAGAAGGAAAGGGAGCGCUUACAACAGCAGCUGGAAUUCGAGCGGAGCCAGGUCCGACGGCUGGAAAAAGAACAGCGGCGGAUUACUGACCAGCUAGAGGAAGAACGGGCUCAACACAAACAGCUCUCCUGCGCUCUGGCCAAAGAGUGCAAGUGGGCGAGUGCCAGGGCUCUGGAGGAGGGUCACCGGCUGACUGAGCUGGGCCGCAAACUUGACAAGGAAAAAGAGGCUUGUCAGGCCCUGAGGAAGGAGCUGGAGGAUGAGAGGACAAGAGCUCUCAGGAUGGAGGCGAGGGUGGAGGAGCAGCUGGCUGAGUUUGACACGGAGCGCGAACAGCUCCGCUCUCGUUUGAAGAAGGAGGAAGCUCAUUGUUGUCAGCUUCAACAGCAGGUGGAAGAGCUGAAGAGGAAACUGGAGGAGGUGAACGUGGUGAAAGAAAGAGGAGCCGCGACAGCUCCAGUGGAGGCAGAAGCAAGCGAGUGGGCAACAAAAGUUCCUCCGGGAAAGACAUUAGCAGACAUUAUUAAGGUGGAGGACAUUGAGGAGGACAGAAACAAGCCACCUGGGCAGCCAAAAGUCAACGGUCACCAUUGUCCAGCAGAGACCAACGGGCAUCAUAGUCCAAACAGCGCCGUCUCAGAGAAGACAUGCCAACAGAAUGUGAAUGAAAAUCCUCCAAAUCAUCAGACGCAGUUAUCACCUGCUGCCUCCUCCUCCUCCAGUGCCGUGUCCCCCACUCUCCCUCCUUCCUCCCCCUGCGCCUCACCUGUUCUCGCCAAACGCCCCCCUGGCAGCCCGAGUCCCGGAAGCUAUCAGUCCCCGUACCAGGCCGGGAUCAACCAGCGCUUCCAUGCUGCUCGCCACAAGUUUCAGGGCACCACCGACCCGGAGCCGCAGCCCGCACAGCCUGCUCCUCCACCGUCGCCGAAGGAGCCCUCUCCUGUGGCGAGCAGCCCCCUCCCGGAGGCCAGCCCAGUCAAGCAGAUGGCGCGCAGCACAGUCACUCAAGUUCUGUCUCGCUUCACCACCGUCCAGCAGAGUGCCACGCCAAAGCUCGCCACCCCGAACAACUCGCCCUUCGGCACGGAUUACCGCAGCCUGGCAGCGCCCUUGUCUCCGGUCAUCGGAAGGGCCACAGGGGCAGCGGCCCAGGGAAUCAGAUCGCCCACCAUCCCCAGGGCAGACAGAGGCAACCCUCCGCCCAUCCCACCCAAGAAGCCCGGUCUAGCCCAGGCCCCGCCCUCCCCUGCAGCCGUGCCCAGGUCUGCCAGCCAUUUCUCUGACAGCCCCCUCCCAGGCAGCUGUGGCCUCACCUCCAGCCAGGAGGGAGUCAAAGAACUGGACGUGGUGGUUUCAUCCAAUUAACCGAUCCAGCGGUUUAUGAGUCAGUUGCUGCUCUGCUUAUGGCACCAUGGUUUGAUCAACAUUUCAGUAAUAAGACUGAAAUAUUGUCUUGUACUUGACAGGAUUCAUAUCAUUUGCGUAUACAAACAGAGGUCCCUUCAAACACUGUUACACUCUUAGUAUUUAUUAGAUAUAUUUUAAAUAUACACAGAGGAACUACGUUAGGUUGUUAUUCAAGGGUGAUGCUAAUGAGAAAUUAUAAGGUGCCAAUACUGUAGAAUGGGCACACUGUACUGCUCCAGUAUAUUCUUAUUUCUAUGGUGACAUUUUUACAAACAAUACAAACCGGAGGUGUUUUAUUUUUAUGAUCUGAAGUGUGUUGCUUUGGUAUUAUAACACAUAAUCAUUGGACCAACGUAUCUUAUUUCAGUCUGCACUCAUGUUUCUAUUUUUAUAUCAUUGUGUAGUUACUUUGAUAAAUGUUCUUCAGUUAUUAAUGUAAGAUCAUGUUACACUGCAGAUGAUCUGACCAGUGUCGUACUAUUGUGUCAUACUUUGUAUGUAUUAUUUUAAUGUUGCCUAGUUACAAUCAUAUAGGCUCAGAUUAUGCUGGCGCCAGAUGUUUUUUUUUUAGUCAUGCAUGAAUCUCAUGCCUUUAUCAUUUAAAAGGAACCAUUAUAAAAUGAGUCUUUUUUUUUUUUUUUUUGUUAAUCAUAGCAUUAAUAUCAGAACCCAGCUGCCGUGUUGCUUGUAUCUGCUUUUAUCUGAAACUUCACAGCAGUCUGUAAGCUGGAAAAUGGCAUAUUUAAUAAAUUUAUCCUGAAGAUUAUCA